AUGGGCGUUUCCAACGUUGGGAACCCCAAGGCCUCGCCCGACCGCGAGGAGCACAUCGAGCAUGCCCGACCGCGCGACAGCGAACAGACGGUUGUCGAGCCCGAGAAGCACGGGCAGCACCUGGGUCCCUCGGGGACGGCGACUUCAGAACACAAGAGGACCCAGCUGCCUGAUGGCAAGCGGGAACUCCUCGAGGCCGACGAGUAUCACCAUCUCGGCUACUGCUAUCCAACAUGGAAGAAGUGGGCUAUCCUCUCCGUCAUGUUCCUCAUCCAGAUCAGCAUCAACCUCAACGCCAGCCUCUACGCCAACGCCGUCAAGAACGUCUCCCACAAGUUCGGCGUGAGCGAGCAGGUCGCACGCAUCCCCCAGCUCACGUUCCUCUGUGCCUACGCCUUUGGCUGCGAGCUUUGGGCCCCGUGGUCUGAGGAACUCGGCCGCUGGCCAACCCAACAGCUGAGUCUGCUGCUUGUAAACAUCUGGCAGCUGCCCUGCGCCUUUGCCCCCAACUAUGGCACUCUGGUCGUCUGCCGUCUCCUAGGCGGACUCUCCACAGCAGGCGGUUCAGUCACCUUGGGUGUGCUUGCCGACAUGUGGGAGCCUGAUGACCAAGAGUACGCCAUUGCCUGGCUCGUCUUGUCGUCUGUCGGAGGCUCCGUCGUCGGCGCCGUCGUCGGUGGUUUCGUCGAGGCGAACAAGACGCUCGAGUGGAUCUUCUGGACCCAGCUCAUCGCCGGAGGUACCGUUCAGCUCCUGCACUUUGUCCUCGUGCCCGAGACUCGUGCCACAAUCAUUCUCGACAGGCUUGCCAAGAAGAGGAGAAAAAAUGGCGAGGGCGAGGUGUACGGCCCCAACGAGGUUCGCAAGAUGACUGGCAAGGGCUUGACUUUCCGCGAGGUACUCGUCAUUUGGUGCCGACCCUUUUAUAUGCUCAUCACGGAGCCCAUCAUUGCCUGGCUGUCCGCUGUCAGUGGCUUCAGUGACAACUUGAUCUUCAUCUUCCUCCAAGGCUUCCAGCCCGUGUACAAGCAAUGGGGCUUCGGCACGAUUGGUAUCAGCCUGGCCUUCAUACCGCUGCUGGUUGGCUACAUCAUCGCGUACUUUUCAUUCUUGCCAUCGAUCCAUAUGUUCCGGCAAAAGAGGCGCAAGUACGGCUCUGACUCUGUACCGCCCGAAGCGAGACUUUGGUGGCUACGAUAUGUAAUCCUUCUGGAACCGAUAGGGCUAAUCGGAUUCGCCUGGACUUCUCUGGGGCCGCCCCGGGUCCACUGGAUCGCACCCAUGAUCUUCUCUUCCCUCGUCGGCAUCGCCAAUUACUCCAUCUAUCAGUCAUCCAUCGACUACACUGUCGCAGCAUACGGCAUCUACGCCGCCUCAGCCACCGGCGGCAAUGACUUUGCCCGCGACUUCUUGUCCGGCAUCGCCGCCAUCUACUCCACGCCCAUGUACGAGAACAUCGGCAAAGAGCACCCGCUGGAGUGGGCUUCGACCAUCCUGGCCAUAAUUGCUGUCCUCGUGACGACGCCCGUCUUUUACUUUUACAAGCACGGGCCGGAGAUCCGCAAGCGGUCCAAGUUCGCUGCCGAGAUCGAGAAGGCGAGGAAGGAGGGCCGGCAAGGCCGGCCGAAGAACGCCGGGGAGAAGCCCAACAUUCCUGGACACAAUGAGGAGAAGGUCUAG